UGAAAUUUGUCCACAAUCUGACAAAACUGAGAAAAAGCAAAUUCAGAAGGAAUCGUUAGCUCCAACAUGUUUCCAGAGAUAUUAGUAAGGUUUUAAAUAUUGAACUCAUCCAAGAGUAAAAUAACUGGGAUUUCAUAGAGCAGAUAAAGACAUUAAUGGUUUAUGAUUCCUGUAUAAAACCAGAGAGCAGAUGGAGACGGCUGACAGAAUCACGAUCCACAUCAAGGCCAAGAAUCUUUGUUAACAGAAAAUCCCACCUGGCUGCUGCAGCCAGUAACUAAAACCCAACUGGGUUUUUCCAUCCCAACAUUUUCAGUCUGGUGUACCUGCUAGCCUGGCUGGGGGCUAUAAAGAGAUGAUCAGUGAUUUAUCAACAGGAAUGAGGAGAAAAGGCUUCAGGUGUGACACACCCAUCACCAACCUGAACUUCUGCUCAGAAAAACUCAACAGGCUGAAUUGUUGCCUGGAUAAAGACAUUUUGUUCCUCUGUCAGAUCAUCAGUGAAGGUUUAUAAACCCUCCAUUCCCUGGUUGAAGGCACACUGCUGCUAGUGAAUCCUGCUGCUGCUGCUUGGAUUCUUCAUCACAACAAGAUGAAAUUCGUCCUUUUUACUUUGUUCCUUUGUGGAUUCGUCCUGGAAAUCAAUGCUGGACGUGGUUUUCAAAAACCGAAAAAACCAAGGUCGUUUGCAGGAAUAAGAACUGUUGUGGCAUGUGAGGGAUCAGAGGCUCACUUAUCGUGUGCAAAUGAGGAUAUAUUUGUGGUCAGUGCUAUAUAUGGACGCAGCGAUCGGAUGAUGUGCUCCUAUGGGAUACCUGACGAGCAGACGAAGAACACUAAUUGUGCUAUGAUGGCAAAUUCAGUGUUACAGAGAUGCGAGGGGGAAACGAUGUGCACUGUUUUUGCCAGUAGCUCUGUGUUUGGAGAUCCCUGUGUUGGGACCUACAAGUACCUGGAGGUGAUAUAUCUAUGCACACUGCUGCUAGUGAAUCUGGUUUCUGCUGCUGCUUUGAUUCUUCAUCACAACAAGAUGAAAUUUGUACUUUUUACUUUGUUCCUUUGUGGAUUCAUCCUGGAAAUCAAUGGAAAAAGUUCAUCAGGAGCAUGCCUCCCAGAGGAAAAAUCCCUUGUUGCCUGUGAAGGAACAGUGGCUCGACUCCACUGUGAAGAAGGUCAGGCUAUCUAUGUGACCAGUGCUACAUACGGACGCACUGAUAAGAAGACGUGCAGCGCUGGUAGACCGGCCGACCAGCUAGAGAACACUGAAUGCUUCACAUACGCAGAGGAAGUUGGUGAGAGAUGCAACGGGAAACAGUGGUGUAAAGUCAAAGCCAGUAAGUAUGUGUUCGGAGAUCCCUGCUAUGGAACCUACAAGUACCUGGAGGUGGAAUAUAUUUGUUACGAGGUUCCCCAGUCGUGCCCAGAAUAGAAGCAGAAGUCGCCUUCUUCAUCAGGAUGCUGAUGAAGACUCUGGUGCUGCUGCCCCAACAGAUGAUGGCUGAAGACAACAGACUGAGAGUAGAUCUGCAGCAUCUUGUUGAAAACCUGGAAGGAUCUUAGCGUCCUCAAGAAGCUGACAGAAAAUAAUCUGAAUUACAAUUAAACAUAACAAAUAAAGUAAUAUCACAGAUUAUAGCUUUGAAAAUCUUUUUAUUUUUCUUCCUGUUGUAUCAAACUUAAAGACAGUUUUUCUCUCCAACUGCUUCUCUUUGUAAACUUCUUCAGCCAAAAUAAAACAAAAAGCUGAAAGAGGAA